AUGUCGGAAGACCCCAUCCCCACAUCAAUAGCUGAGAUUGAGAAUCUCAUUCUAGCUAUCCAUCAACCAAACUCGCAAGAGAUCAUUAAUCGCGGAAAUAAAAUAUUGUACCGACUACAAGAUUCCCCUGAGGCUUGGGGCAUCGCUCGCAGCUUGCUGGAGAGACCCAAUGAAUUAGUCAAGUUUCAUGGUGCUCUGAUCAUCGUCAUCAAGCUCAACAAGGAGAGUUCCACUCUCACCUCUGACGAUGCAGCCGACCUCCUUUUGAUGUUAAUAGAGAGAUACUUGGAUGCGCUGCGCCAUGGAAACACAUCAUUAGUUGCCAAGAAGCUAGCCACGGCCCUUGCGACCUUUUUCAUUAACUUCAAUCAAGUCUGGGAACGCUUCAUCCAUCACCUUGUACUCUGUUUGGUGUCAGAUCAACCAUAUGCACCGAACGCCCUGAACGAUGCUCCUGACAUGGCCUCACUUCUAGAGCGCACAAGUCCCCCGCAAUUGCAGGCUGUCCUGUGGGUGUUGGGGAAUGUGCUGGACGAGGUUGCCAAAUUCAACCUGAACACUCCUCAAAAUAUCGGAGUAUAUGAGGCUAUACUGGAGAACCUCCCCGAUGCAGUCAACUUAAUGAGCCGCAGCAUGUCACCCCAAUUAACUACGGAAGCGGUUCACGAAGAUGCGAUACGGUGCCUACAGUCAUGGGUUUGGUUCGCCCAAAAGACAUCGUCUAGAGAUACUAGGCUUUCAGAGCCUAUCGGGCCCCUAGUCACGGCUGUCAUAACAUCCCUGACAGUGGAUGAGCUUUACAGCGUUUCUGUGGAGUUAAUGGUAGACUUGCUGUCUAACUGCUCAAUGUUUCUAUCUGAGAAGCACUUCGACGAUCUUGCUUGUCUUUUUGACUCUGGCUGGUCCCAUGCACGAUACCAGGAAUUGGUCCAAGGGGACUUCGACUUUGACUCUGUCCAGUUCGGCCAGCUUCUCCUCGCUUUUGGAGAGUCCAAGAUUGACAGGCUAAUGCAGAGUAAUGAUGUUCAGAGCCAGAAUCUGCUCUCUAGCCUAUGUGGUCUGCUUGCCGCUCGAGGAUAUCUUGUCGAGGAGGAUAUCAUUUUCGUCCCGGCCCUCGAAUUCUGGUUGACCUAUGCUGAAACUAUGACUGAUCUUAUGUUUUCGGAUCAGGAAUCAGCUCAUACUUGGGUUCCGCGUGCCCGCGCCCAUAUCCUCCAGGCUGUAUCCAAUGCGUGGCAGAAAAUCGUCUACCCACCUACUGAAGAGUUUGCCAAAUGGGAUUCUAGCGACCGAACAAGCUUUCAUGAUGCUAGGAAAGAUGUUGUUGACCUCCUCCAAUCUGUAUUUACCUUGGAGGGACCGCAACUCGUGGCCACAUUCGCAGGCCAGGUGCUCAAGGCUUUGUCCGAAUCAUCGUGGCUACAGCUCGAGGCCGCAGCUUUUUGUCUUGGUGGACUUGCUGAUUGUGUCAGCGAGGACAGCAGAUGUGAUGAUGCGCUAGCGACUGUUUUCAAAUCACCCUUGUUCCCAACGUUACGAUCUGGGCAUUCAGAGAUCCCGCCUAAAGUGCGGCAGACUUGUGUUUCCCUAAUCGAGCAUUAUACGGAAUAUUUUGAGCGAAACGUGUCAGAGUUACAUCCUGCUCUGAACUUCAUCUUUGCUGUUGUUGGAGAGCACCCGAUGGCGAAUGCUGCAGCGAAGUCCAUACUCCGAUUGUGCGGAUCCUGCCGAGGUUAUCUACAUACUGAAGCUCAUGGCUUCCUCAACGAAUACCAGAAUCUAGUAUCUGGUAAACGGCUUGACUGCGGAGCUAGUGAAAAAGUUCUGGGCGGUAUUGCGUCCGUGGUUCAAGCGAUGCCCGAUCCGAACCAAAGGUACUCUGCUUGUGCACGACUUCUAGCCUUUGUCCAGACCGACGUACAGCGCGCUCUGGAGUUACUGCACUCGCCUAGCGGUACCCCUAUUCCCUGCCACGUUUCGCCCGUUUGCUCAUAUGCUGCUCCUGACGAGAAUCCUGCUCUUCAUACCGCACUGAAGUCACUCAGAUGUCUUGCUAGCAUAGGAAGAGGUCUCCAAGCCCCCUCUGAGCUGUCAGUUGAUUUGGACGGCAGUAAGCCGAUCCCCCAGACCGUGGACCCACUGCUCGCGCAGCUUCAGGAAAGCAUCAUGGCUAUCAUUAGCCAAAUUCAAGAAGCAUUCAACACUAGCGGAGAGGUUGUAGAAAUCAUUUGCAGCGUACUGCGCUGUGGCUUCUCCGAGUCUGAACCUGGGCCCUUCGUGCUUCCGCCCCAUAGCGUUGCGCUGUACUUGACAAACCAAGGCCUCCAGACACCGAGAGUUGGCUUACUAGUCAAGACAGCCUGCUCUUUUGUCAGUUCGCUCGAGCAUGAUGGGCUUGCGAACCAGCAAGGAAUGCUCAAUUCCGUGCUACUUUGGGUUAUUGGACUACUAAAACAGCUAUCUAAUGAUGAGCCUGAUCCAGAAGUUUCACAAAAUGGGAUCGACUUUGUUACACGCUUGUUGAACAAACGACCAGUCACUCUACUUCAGCUAGAGCCUUCUUCUGCUGCAGAGUUUUUGUUUCUCUUCACGCUUCAAGUAUUGGAUGGAAAGGAACCACUCCCAAAAGCAAGUGCAGCAGAAUUCUGGUCCGCUUUUGUUAGCAUUAAGUCUGACUCCCAGGAGCUUAAUGAUGUGGCUCAACAGGCCAUGCAAACACUGGGCCCUCUACUUGCAAGAAGUCUUGCGAGGAAUAUUGGAGGCAAUGCCUCUAGGAGCGAGCUUGAAAAGUUGAGCGAGCCCCUUAAAAAGCUUGUGGUCCGGUAUCCUAUGGCUAAGAGCUGGCUCGAAGAUGGGCUUGUGCAUGAAACAUUCCCCAGCACCAAGGUCACACCACAAGACAGGUUGAUAUUCUUAAAAAAGGUUAUCAGUUUGAGAGGUGCUCGAGCCACGAAUCAGGUUGUCAGAGACUUUUGGCAGUCAGCACGAGGUUCUAAUUUUGCUUAUGCGUCGUAA